UAAAUGUGACCUCACUCGCGGUAACUAUUUUCCCGGCUGUUGGCAUAACUGUUCCGUUUUUUUAUCGGUAAGAUGCCUGAACCCACCAAGUCAGCUCCAGCCCCAAAGAAAGGCUCGAAGAAGGCGGUGACCAAGGCGCAGAAGAAGGAUGGCAAGAAGCGCAAGCGCAGCCGCAAGGAGAGCUACUCCGUGUACGUGUACAAGGUGCUGAAGCAGGUCCACCCGGACACCGGCAUCUCGUCCAAGGCCAUGGGCAUCAUGAACUCCUUCGUGAACGACAUCUUCGAGCGCAUCGCGGGCGAGGCGUCGCGUUUGGCUCAUUACAACAAGCGCUCGACCAUCACAUCCAGGGAGAUCCAGACGGCCGUGCGCCUGCUGCUGCCCGGGGAGCUGGCCAAACACGCGGUGUCCGAGGGCACCAAGGCCGUCACCAAGUACACCAGCUCCAAGUAAACUUGCCAAGUAAGCGUCUUUACACCCAACCCCAAAGGCUCUUUUAAGAGCCACGCAUGUUCUCAGCAAAUGAGUUGUAAUCCUUUCAUUACAAAGGCUAUAUUCCGAUUUCUACCACAUUUAAAUCUUCACUAGCACUCUUUAAGGUUCUAUUGCUCUGCGUAAGAAUUACUAUGGGCAAGCUAGACAAUGCAUGCCAUACAUUGCCCACUACAGGCAAGAAGUUACACAGAACCAUGAUACCACGAAACCAUUUAUCAAUUUGCCCUGAAAAUGCCGUUUAAACUACAGCUUUCUUUUCCGUAUGUAGGUCUUCAAGUUGAUCCUGACGUUGAUCCGGAAUUUGGCGAUGAACCCUUACCCAGAAUACGAAAGACCAUGCUCUUACCAACUUCAUUCUGCGCACAGCUUUUCCAUUUUUCUUUUCCUUUUUUUUUUUUCCCCCUUUUCAUUUUUAAACCACAGAUACAUGUAUUUCAGGGAGGGGCGGGGGGAUGCUGAAGACGGAAUUUUCACAGAAAUGUCAACAAGGGUUUUUUCUGGUUUCCUUGCUUUGUAAUUGGUGCGGUUUCUGUGGUGAGGGGGAGCCUACGCUUUCCUAAAGGCACCGAGGAAAAGAAAAAGGAAGCCUUGAAAUCCUGUCAGCUGCUACAAUUUCUUUCCCAGAAAGUCCUAUUUAAUUUGUAGUCCAUUGGGGGCAGCAUUCAGCUUUAAAGUACUCUGGGUCUCAGAUGUCCGGUUAUCAUUCUCUCCAUCGGUAAAGGAGUCUGUCUACUCGGCUCAGGCCCUUUUGAGCACUCUUUCUGCUUUCCCGGGUGUCCCCAAGCAUCAAGGGCGGAGAGGAAUUAGGAAAGGAAAACCCUUCCUGGUAUAAUGUGUACUAGCUAGGAUAUAAAUAAGCGCUUUCCUUUCUGGGAAAUAACAUUUUGUCAAUAAAUCUGAAGAGGCUGGGACCUGGGGGUCUAGGAGGGAGUGGCCAGGAGGAAGGGAAUCAGUAGAGGUAACCAAGAAAAUUGCCAGGUAGAUGAGCAUGGGCUGAGGAUGAAGCAAUGAAGAGCCAGUAUAAAAGUAAGGAACACUCAGCCCGAGGGGCUUGGCCCAUGUGAACCCCCAAGCACCUCUGCUGAUUUUUACCCAAACCUGAGGUUUGUUUUUUAGGGUGUUAAGUGAAGCCUGGCCAUGGUGGGGAGCAUGAAAAGAACUUUCCCAGUGAAGCCGGAGACACCAGACCAAAAGGAACUAGAAAUAAAUAUACACAUUCAUUCACAGUAGAUAAUGGAUGGCAAAGAAUCUGUCCUGAAACUUGGUGCUGAGCAAGUAAACUCCACUGCUGAGAAUUUGUAAUACAAGCCAAGCUUCACACUUUUUUGUUUCAAGUUGAAUAGAAUAAAAUAGGGAUUCAAAACACCUAGGCUGAGAAUUUAAUUUAGAAAUAUCCCAAACUGUUUUGGUGCCCCUUGGGCACCUGGUAAAAGCAAAUACAAAUCCUCUCUGAAAGAGUAAGCUUCAUUUUGAAAGUGAAAUCGUUCAGUCGUGUCUGACUCUUAGCGACCCCAUGGACUGUAGCCUACCAGGCUCCUCUGUCC